AUGGCGUUUCGCUGGAGCCGGCUGGCUGGUGCCGCGCGAAGGCUGGCGAUACCUGCUGUGGUCACGGCCAGCGUGGCACCCUAUGAGAGACGGCCUCUCCAGUUUGAAACGAGGUCCUCCCAGUCGUCCCAGUCUCUGGAGGAACGAGUGCGAGUGCUAGAGACCAAAGCCAGAGCUAUGGAGCUCAAUGAUUGGAUGGAAGUUCGGGCGGUAGAGACCAUCAAACUGGCUGCCAAGCAGCAUGGUCUCGACAUCUCUGGCGGGAUUAUCCGUCGAACCUCUUCGCGCUUUUGUUUGGGUGUGGAACAUGGAGACUACAACGGCAUGGAGUUGUUUGGAGUUGGCACCGACCGCUUCAUUUGGAUGGGUUACAAGCCCAACGAUUCUGGAAAGAUUCGCAUUUUUUCUCAAAACUUUCCAGAAAAAGUCGUGGAGUUCAGACCCCAAGAGGUGCCAGCGCCCAAAUCAAGCUCCAUCUCCGACACCUGGGCGCGGUUUCCCUAUGGCGUUGAAUAUGUCCUUCGGAGCAACGGAUUUGACACUUCACGCGGCUUUGAUGCUGUGCUUAUGGGCAAUAUCCCUGGUGGAGGUAUGUCUCGAUCGGCUUCACUUGUCAUCAAUCUUAUGCUCACCAUGUUAGAAGUGAACAAGAAAUCCCUGCCAGAGGGUGAUUUUCGGAUUGUGAAAAUGGCACAGCAAGUGGAAAAUGACUACAUUGGAGCACCUUGUGGCAAUUUGGACCAGAUCAUGAUUUACUACGCAAAAGAUGGAAUGGGCACGAGAUACGACCCAAAGACCAACAAAGUUUCUUAUAUCCCGUUGGGAGUUGACACCAAUGAAUUUCGAAUAGCUGCAUUGGACACCGGCACGGUCCGGCACGGUCUGGAGAAAACCACCUACGCAGUCCGAGUACAGGAGUGCAGGGAGUUCUUGGCCUUGCUGCAGAAGAAUGGCUACAGGAUCCAAAGCCUUGGAGAGGUCAAAGAUCGCAAGACCUAUGACGAAAUCAUUGCCAAAUAUGGGAAAUCCCAUCCAAAUCUUUGCAAACGCCUGGAGUAUCUCUUCUUUGCGCAGGAACGCUUUGAGGCGAUGGUGAAAGCCUGGAGGGAAGGAAACAUCGCCGAGGUCGGUGCAAUCUUCCGCCGUGAUGGGAUUGGGCUUCGAGAUGAAUAUCAGAUCUCAGGACCAGAAUUAGAGACCAUGGUCAACAUUGCCAGAACUAUCCCGGGUGUGCUUGGCGAACGUAUGCUGGGGGGUGGAGACAAGGGUGCCUCUGGCGCUAUUCUGCGACCAGAUGCGGAGCGAUCACUGCGAAAUGCUGUGAAUACUGGAUACAAGAGAUCUUAUCCCCAACUGGCAGAUAAAUGUGCGGUUCACGUUGUGAGAGCUUGCAAGGGUGUGGAAGUCCUGGAAGGCUUACUGUGA